GUAGGUUCAAAAUAAUGUGGCCAAUUAGAUUUAUGUAGAUAACUCAUUAUUAAUAUGUCAUUAGCGCUUGAUAGUAGGGUACCUAUGUAUAUAACAUAAGUAAAAUAAAAUUAGUAAAUAUGGGGCAAACCUUUAGUGACCUAAUAUCCGGGUUUGAGAGAUUCUUCGAAUACCCUGUUAAGAGAAAACCCAUUUGUUUCUAUCGGCAAGAGGACUUUACUGCUACAGGGGAACAGAAAAAGUCUUUGCAUCAGCAGAAGAUAGUGCCUACUGAAUACGACGCUCUGGUAGAGUUAUUCUACCAGAGAUUGGCAGACCAAAGGCGAUUCAAUCAUGAGAUGAAAGACAAGGACCGGCGCUGGAGCGUGCGGCGGGUGCUGCGGCGGUUCCCCGGCUGGGACGAGGUCACCGUCGCCAACCUGCACAGUCUGUUCCUCUUGUUCGACAACGGGUCUAAUGGCAUGCUUGGCUUGGAUGAUUUCUGUGCAGUGUUGGAGAGUCUUGGCGAUGAGAAUAGCAUGGAGACGCGGAAACAAAAAUUCAACGCAGCUGAUACAGAUAUGGACGGCUGGAUCACAUACGAUGAGUUUUUGUCGUUGGUGUAUACGUUCGACCCGGCGGACGGACAGCGGCUGUGCGGCCUGGCCGAGCUCUGCAACCACGUGGCGGAGAACAUACAGUUCGUCACCAACCUCACCGUUGGGGAACAACUUGAAUAUGGACUGUUUUGAUGAAGCGCGCAAAUAAAGAAAUUGGUCUAAAAUGGCGUGUUGUAACACUUGUAACAAUUCGAAAGGCCAUUUUACAUUUGUUUCUUUAUUGGUGCGGCAUAGUA